GAAGCCCUAAUUCUCCAUCCCAUCUCGUUUAUCUAUCUAUGUAGCCAUCGUCCGCACCAGCAGAGAUAAUAGGCGCAAGAUCCGCCACGAGCCCACGACCUCUCCCUUUUCCCUCCAAAAAGCCUAGAUGCGCGGCAAAAAGAGGCCGCUGUCGCCGCCGGCCGUUGCCGCCGAUGCCACGGCGAGGCUCGACGAGCGGCACCUCGCGGAGAUCCUCCUGCGGCUCCCAUCCCCCGCCAGCCUCGCGCGCGCCGCCGUCGUCUGCCGGCGCUGGCGCCGCAUCUCCAUCUCCCCGGCUUUCCUUCGCCGGUUCCGCCGCCUCAACCCGCCCCAGCUCGUCGGCUUCUUCAUCUGCAACGGUGGUUUCACGGCGAAGAGCGUCGGCGACCAACCCGUCGGCCAGAUUCUCGAGCCCACCUUCCUCCCGGCGCUCCCGCCGCCUCGGGGCGUCGGAGGCUCCGCCGCGCGCUACCGCGACUUCUCCCUUCGUGGUCUCCCCGACGUCGACCGCUGGACCCUCGCCGACGCCCGCGACGGUCUCCUCCUCUUCUCCUCCGUCUACGACGACCGCAUGACCAUCCCGAGGAACUUCGUCGUCUGCGACCCCUUGUCCGGCCGCUCCGUCCUCGUGCGGGACGCGCCGAGAUAUCAGCCUGACGAUAAAGCCGCCUACCUCGGCGCCGCUCUGGUAACCGUGGACGGUGGAGAUGGCGCGAGCACCCUCUCCUUCGAGGUGCUCCUCGUCACCUACUUCAUGUCCGGGCCACGCCUCUCCGUCUUCUCCUCGCGCACGGGGCAGUGGAGCGUUCUUCCCGAAGCCAAGUGUGGCAAUUCCCUGAUGCCGAGGCUGAGCGGGGUGGGCAAGCCCACGCACGCCAACGGCUGCGUGUACUGGGUGAUGGACAACGAGUUUGAGUUGUACCUCCUGGUGCUCGACACGCGCACCAAGAAGUUCUCCACCAGCGUCAGGCUGCUCGCCAGCAUGCGGGAGGAGUACGCCAGCGGCAACAACCUGAGGGUCCUGAGGAGCGAGGACGGGGAGCUCCGGAUCGUGGCCAUGGCGUGGAGGUCAUUCGGGCUCCACGUCUGGUUUCUUGACAGGAGCAGGAGCACCAAAGGCCGGUGGGUGAGGGAGAGGGCCGAGGAAGUCAGCACAUUACAGGGUGUCUCUGAGCUAUUGGCAGACGUCUGCAAUCGCACCAUCAAGAUCAUGGAUGCCGGAGAGGGGGCUGUUUUCCUCAAGGUGUCCGGCUUGGACUGGGUGUACGUUGUGAACCUGGAGGAGAGGAAUGUGCUGAAGCUGCCGCACCAAAGGUUCUCCUCUGGACCUGCACUUCCCUACCGGAUGGAACUGUGUCCUCCCUUGCCCAAGCAGGCCCAAGCCAUCGUUCGCACCAGCAUGCGGGAGCAGCACGUGCGCGGCAAACAGAGGCGGUUGUCGCCCCCAGCCGUUACCGCCGAUGCCAUGGCGAGGCUCGACGAGCGGCACCAUGCCGAGAUCCUCCUGCGGCUCCCAUCCCCCGCUAGCCUCGCGCUCGCCGCCGUCGUCUGCCGGCGUUGGCGCCGCAUCUCCAUCUCCCCGGAUUUCCUUCGCCGGUUCCGCCGCCUCAACCCGCCUCAGCUCGUCGGCUUCUUCAUCUGCAAUGGUGGUUUCACUGCGAAGAGGAUCGGCGACCGGCUUGUCGGCCAGAUUCUCGAGCCCACCUUCCUCCCGGUGCUCCCGCCGCCUCGGGGCGUCGGAGGCUCGGCCGCGCGCUACAGUGAGUUCUCCCUUCGUGAUCUCCCCGACAUCGACCGCUGGACCCUCGCCGACGCCCGUGACGGUCUCCUCCUCUUCUCGUCCAUCUACCACGAUCGCAUGACUAUCCCAAGGAACUUCGUCGUCUGCGACCCCUUGUCCGGCCGCUCUUUCCUCGUGCGGGACGCACCGAGGUAUCGGCUUGACGAUGAAGCCGCAUACCUUGGCGCCGCUCUGGUCACCAUGGACGGCGGAGCUGGCGCAAGCACCCUCUCCUUCGAGGUGAUCCUCGUCACUUACUUCAUGUUCGGGCCGCGCCUCUCCAUCUUCUCCUCGUGCACGGGGCAGUGGAGCGUUCUUCCGGAAGCCAAGUGUGGCAAGUCCCUGAUGCCGAUGCUGAGCGGGGUGGGCGAGCCCGCGCACACCAACGGCUGCGUGUACUGGGUGAUGGACGACGAUAGAGAGUUGUACCUCCUGAUGCUCGACACACACACAAAGGAGUUCUCCACCAGCAUCAAGCUGUCCGCCAGCAUGCGGGAGCAGUACCGCGGCAAUAUGAGGGUCCUGAGGAACGAGGAUGGGGAGCUCCGGAUCGUGGCAAUGGCGUGGAAGUCGUUUGCGCUCCACGUGUGGCUCCUCGACAGGAGCAGGAGCACCAAAGGCCGGUGGGUGAGGGAGACGGUCGGGGAACUGAGCACCUUCCAGGGUGUCUUUGAGCUCUGUAUUGCAGACGUCAGCGGUGGCACCAUCAAGAUCAUGGAUGCUGGCGAGGGGGCUGUUUUCUUCAAGAAGUUCGGCUCUAACUGGGUGCACGUUGUGAACCUUGAGGAGAGAACUGUGCUGAAGCUGCCGCACCAAAGGUUCUCCUCUGGACCUGCACUUCCCUACCGGAUGGCACUGUGUCCUCCCCUACCCAAUCAGGUUCAAGGCCAAGAUGGAUAAGCAUCACUGGAUCAUGGACGAAGUUGACGCUAAACCUACUAUUCUCUCCCAGGAUGAUCAAGUAAAAAAGAAAAGAACCAUCUACUAGUAUUCAGGAUAUAUUUUGACACAAAAAAUUAAUAUGCCAUUUUGUUUCUUGUUUAAAAUAGCUGAACUUACCAGUAUGCUAGGAGGCUGCAUAGGGUACAAGAUUUGUUGUUAGAACUUUUAUUCAUGUAGUAAUCUUGUGCAACGAUGACCCUUUUCAUGUUUCUAAUUCAUGUGGACCAUCUAUUGUUUUUCAA